CCAAAUUCAAUGUUCACGACGUCGCAAAAUUGCUAAUAAAUAAAAAUACUUAUGGAAGAAAAUCUAUUCGAUUUUUCUGCACCACCACAAUCUCCUUUUUAGCUAACAACAUCUCCCUUCAUCUAUGUUUAAAUAGACCGGUUUAUUAUACAAAAAUCUCCCAAAAUCAUAUAAAACGCUAAAAUAAGGGGAAAGAAGGAAGGAAGAAGGAAUAGAAGGGAGUUUGUGGAGAAGCGGGGGGAUAUUAAAUUGUGGAAGAAUAACGUUAAAGAUUUGUUGUAUGAAUGAUAUCAAAAAUUAGUAGUGUGAUGAAUCCUUAGCUAUAAACUAAAUUCCCCGAUAAUCAUUUGCUUUAUAAUAUAUAAUAUAUUUUUAAUCUUCUUACCUUUUUUUUCAUAAAUACAUAUUAAUCUCAUACAUUUAUUUUAAUAGAAACAAUGUUUCUCUAGUUUAAUGUUUUACAAAUUUAAUUUUAAGCGUGUUUUUGUAUUUGUUUAUAUUCAAGUUUGUAAUGUUUUUGUAGGACUAAUGUUUUUGUUUGGUUUUUAUUUGUUAAAGUUUGUAAUGUUUAACUUGUUGUUGGUUUUCAUGUUUAUUGUAGUUUGUUGUAUGUUUUGUUCGUUUUACUCGAAUAAAUUGUUCACUGUUUGUUUGUUUUUAUGUUUAUGUUUUGUUCGUUCAAUUUUAUAAAAUUUUUGUCUGUUUUCAAGUUUGUGUUUUGUUCGUUUCACUUUGUUUUUGUUGUUGUGUUUGUAAUGUUUAAUUCAUGUUUGUUUCUUAAGUUUGUAAGUUCAUUAUUAUUAAAAUGUUUUUGUCUUCAAGUUUGUUUUGUUGGAUUAUUACAAUGUUUUUUGUUUGUUUCAUUGUUCUAUUAUUCUUGUUUUAACUAAAGUUUGUUUUAAUUUGUUCAAGUUGGUUUUAAAUUAAAUGAGCCGGCAAAAACAUUCAACAACACAAUCAUGGCUACAUUUUUAUUCUUCCCAAUUUUAUAUUUAUUUUUAUUUAUUUGCCUCAAUAUUUUUGAUAUUUCCUUCGAUUCAAUUGAAAUUUGACAAUGACGAGUUUGAAUUAAAUUUACAGUUGAUAAAGCACCAACCCUGUGCUUUUAGACAAGACAAAAGCAAAUGGGAAAGAAAAGUAGAGUUUGAAGGGGGGAAUGAAAAGGAAGGACCGAAAUUAAUUCCGAGACCAAAUGAGACUAAUUGUUAUUCAAUUGGUGGUAAAGUUACUGUUUAUAGUGAAUUUAAAGGAGAAUUCAGCAUUUAUUUGGAAUUGCGUAGCUCAGCAAAUAAAAAGGUAAAUGAAUUGCUAAUUGUAGGCUACAAAACAUAA